CGUCAACAGACGGUGCCGCAUCGUCAGUUCCUUCCACCGCGCCUGGAAGGCGUCCGGUUAGCGGAGCGUUCUCUUGCGUUGUCCUCUGUUCUGGUCAUACGACUCCGAAGAGAGACAAGCCUAUUAUCAUCGAGUAGAUAGAUUUUCGAGUAGAGAGGAAACUUGAAGAAGAGUUCAACGAAGCAUCGAAGCUUCGGUCAGAGAAAAAAAAGAAGGAAAAAAAAAAAGAAGAAUACGAAUAAUAAUUAUAAGAAGAAGAACAAGAAGAGGAGGAGGAGGAGGAGGAGAGAAAAAAGAAAAAAAGGAAAGAAUGGAACGAUUAAUCCGAUCGUUACAACUGCCCGGGUCCGACCGGUAAUUUCUCUCAUUAAGGAGAUCGGAUCAAACGGUACCGAGGGAAAAUAAAAUGAGCAACCCGGCCCGGAAGAGACGCUCUUAACGUCAAUCCAUUCGAGGGAAGAACUAAGAUCCGGUCUUUAACUUGGAAGGAGAGUACAGGGAAAGAUGACGAAGAGAUUCGAAUUCAACUGGCAGAUCGAAGUGCCGGAAGCGCUUCGUAAUGGAUGCGUCUUUGAUCGAUGGUCCGAGGAGAAGGACAAUACGGAGCUUGAGAUGAACUGUAUGUUCAAGGUCGACGUGUACGGUUUCUUUAUUUAUUGGCAGAGCGAAGGAAAGGACGGUGAUGUAUUAGAACUGUGUCAAGUGAGCGAUAUUCGUGCUGGUGGAGUGCCAAAGGAUCCAAAGCUGUAUGAUAAAUUAGUUUCCAAACACGGUGAGCUACUAGAUGAAAAAAGUUUGACCAUCUGUUCGGGCGUCGAUUACACCAACAUCAAUUAUCAGCACGUCGUUUGUCCGGAUGCCACGACCGCCAAGGUAUGGUUGGACGGUGUACGAUCGAUUACGCACAACGUGAAAGCCAACAACUUUUGUCCGCUGACAUGCCUGAAGAAACAUUGGAUGCGACUCAGAAUGUUGGUCGAUCCAAAUGGAAAAGUUCCGGUGAGAGUGGUCGCGAGGACUUUUGCGUCUGGAAAAACUGAGAAGCUUGUCUAUCAAUGUCUCUCUGAUUUAAAUCUACCAAGCGGCAAGAAUGACGUUAUAGAGCCGGACGACUUUACCUUCGAUGCAUUUUACGCUCUUUAUCAUAAAAUAUGCCCGAGGAACGAUAUAGAGGAGCUCUUUCAAUCGAUAACACAAGGAAAGGCAGACACGAUAAACCUCGAACAGUUGAUUACCUUUCUCAACGAGAAACAACGUGAUCCGACCUUAAACGAGAUUCUUUAUCCUCUUUACGACGAGAAACGAGCGUUAGAAAUUAUCAACGAUUACGAGCAGAAUGAAACUGCCCGAAAUCAAAAAACGAUGACGAAGGACGGCUUCAUAAGAUACCUGAUGUCGGAUGAGAAUGCACCGGUGUUUCUAGACAGAUUAGACGUAUAUAUGGACAUGGACCAACCACUGGCGCAUUAUUAUAUCAAUUCGAGCCAUAACACGUACCUGAGUGGUCGUCAGUUUGGUGGAAAGAGUAGCGUCGAGAUGUACAGACAAGUGUUGCUUGCUGGUUGCAGAUGCGUCGAAUUGGAUUGCUGGGAUGGAAAGGGAGAAGACGAGGAGCCAAUAAUAACUCAUGGUAAAGCGAUGUGUACUGACAUACUCUUCAAAGACGUCAUAUAUGCUGUAAGAGAUACAGCCUUCGUAACAUCUGAAUAUCCAGUAAUACUCAGCUUUGAGAAUCACUGUAGUAAGAAACAGCAAUACAAAUUAGCCAAGUAUUGCGAUGAGAUACUUGGAGACCUACUAUUAAAGGAACCCCUUAAGGAUUUUGCCCUGGAACCGGGGAUACCAUUGCCAUCGCCUAACAUGUUGAAGCGUAAGAUACUGAUUAAAAAUAAACGUCUCAAGCCAGAAGUAGAGAAGCAAGAACUCGAACUGUUCAAACAAGGGCAAUUUGUGAUCGAAGAUGAGAUUAAAGAGGAUGCAAGUGCGCCACCUGUCGUAGCUGCAGUCGUUGAACAGCAACCUUCGAAGGAUGAAACUUCGACGGAUUCAAUGACGUCAUCGACAACAGGCGUUCAACAACAGCAGUCUGGCAGCGGUCCAGCUGGUCUCGGCGAAAGCUUGGAACUGGCUGUGGCUCAACCUUAUACCGGAAGUACGACGAACGUUCAUCCGUGGCUAUCUUCCAUGGUCAAUUACGCUCAGCCUAUAAAGUUUCCGGGUUUUGACGUCGCCGAACGUACGUUCGUUAUUGAUUAUUACGAUCUUUAUAUCGAUUUUAUAAAGAAAUUUUAUUCCUACAAAAGGAUAUAUGUGUCUUGUACAGAAAAGAACAUUCACCAUAAUAUGUCUUCCUUCGCGGAAACGGCUGGACUGAACUAUCUAAAGACAUCCGCCAUCGAAUUCGUAAAUUAUAAUAAACGGCAAAUGAGUCGGAUAUAUCCAAAAGGUACUCGUGCGGAUUCCUCGAAUUACAUGCCACAGGUCUUCUGGAACGCCGGUUGUCAAAUGGUGUCACUGAACUUUCAAACGGCGGAUCUGCCAAUGCAACUAAACCAGGGCAAGUUCGAAUAUAAUGGGUCCUCUGGAUAUCUCCUCAAGCCGGAUUUCAUGAGACGUGCUGAUAGAAGUUUCGAUCCGUUUGCCGAAAGUCCAGUGGAUGGUGUAAUCGCUAUACAAUGUAGCGUACAGGUAAUAGCGGGCCAGUUCCUUUCGGACAAAAAGGUUGGUACCUACGUCGAAGUAGAAAUGUAUGGUUUACCAACCGACACGAUAAGAAAAGAAUUCCGUACAAGAGUCGUACCAGCGAAUGGCCUCAAUCCGGUAUACAACGAGGAGCCUUUCCUCUUUAGAAAAGUUGUAUUACCGGAUUUGGCCGCUCUAAGAUUUGCCGUCUAUGACGAAUCAAACGGAAAACUUCUUGGCCAAAGAAUAGUUCCUUUAGACGGUUUGCAAUCUGGCUACCGUCAUAUCUCUUUACGCACCGAAGCAAACUUUCCUAUGUCUCUGCCUAUGCUCUUUUGCAAUAUAGAAAUAAAGAUCUACGUACCGGAUGGUUUUCAAGAAUUUAUGGACGCUUUAACUGCACCCCGAGCUUUCAAGAAAACUGAAAGCAUGUCGCAAAAUAAAAUGCGCGGGCUUGGAAUCGAGGAGAGUGACAGUAAAAGUAGCUCAAAUUCUAUGCCUACUAAGCAUCAAGAAGCUGCGAAGCCUAGAGAGGAAAUAAAAUUCGAUCCGAUCACGGUAGAAUCCUUGAGGUUAGAGAAAGGUUAUCAAAAGGUUUUGAGAAAGCAACAAAAGGAAUUGGAAUCUUUAAAGAAGAGGCACCAGAAGGAAAAGAUGUCCGUACAAAAGCAACAUUGUGUUGCGAUAGAAAAGAUAAUCAAAGGGAAAAACAAAGCAGAAUUAUCGAGAGAUCCUAUCAUACGACAAGCCGUGAACGAGCAAACAAGCCAAUGGUCACGAUUAGCUGAUAGACAACGUCGCGAGGAACGUGAUCUAGUACGAGUUCAUCUCGAAGAACGUCGUAUGCAAUUAAGGAAAUUAUGUAUGACAGCUCAGGUAACACAACAGAAACAGCUGACGGCAAGACACGAGCGUGAGAUUAAAGAGAUGAAUACGAGACAGGCUAAGUUAUCGGUCGAGAGUAUGAGAGAGGUGAUGAAUGAUAAAACCUUGAAGACACGAGGUAUCAAAGAAGGCAGACUUAGGGAGAAACAACAGAACAAUACAAAGAAAUUCAUGGAAGAACGAAAGAUAGCGCAGAUGAUACAGAACAGGGAGAAGGAGAAGUUAAAGGUCAUACACGAGAAGCAAUUGGAGGAGCUGCAGAAAGAUAUGAAUGCGAUCAUGGAUAUGUAUAAGAACGAAGAAAUGGAAUAUGAAUUGGGACCGAAGACCGAAUUUUACGCGUGAUUCCUUUUCGAUUUCCUUUCAACGACUGCUCCAAGUCACGAGACACCGUCCACAAGGGACGAACAUCCUUUUAAGACCUCUUAACUAUGGGAUACGCGGUAUCAGUAAUUAUAAUUGGAAUUGGGAUCAAGCCUCAUUAGUUGUCGUUCACGAAUCUUUCGUCGUUCAUACGUAAGUCCAAGAACGCUGAAAGAUACGAAAACGUCAAGUUAAUCAAAUCUAACGUACCUAGUUAAUCGUUCUGAAUAUUUUUUUAUAAAAAACGGAACAAAAAAAAAUUACAAAAAAAGAAGAUAAAAGAUAAACAAGCAAAUAAGCAAAAAAGAAUACAGAAGAGAAAAAAAAGAAAAAGCAGUAUAUGUAUAUAUAUACAUAUAUAUAUGUGUAUAUAUAAUAUAUAUAUAUAUAUAUAUAUAUAUAUAUAUAUAUAUAUCUUGUACCUCCGCAUUAUGUCCGUCGCUGCGCGAGCAAACUAUUUAGGAUAAUAAGAGAGUCAAUACAACUAAAGUGAUCUAGUCAAAUUCUCCUAUGGUAUGUUAUAAGUAUAAAAUAUUCUAUACAUAUACAUUUAUGUGUAUAUAUGUACAUAUAUAUAUAUAUAUAUAUAUAUAUAUAUAUAUAUAUAUACACGUAGGUAUGUAUAUGUAUAAGUAUUUUAUAUGUAUAUAUAUGUCAUGGUACAAUAUAAGGUACAUGAAAGAAAUACAAUAACGAUAUAUAAUAUAAAAAGAGAGUAUAUAUAUAUAUAUAUAUAUAUAUAUAUAUAUAUAUACUAUAACAACGUGAUGUAACAACCAGGCCGUUCAAACUAACACACCAUUGAAUUUAUUGAACCAGAUAUUUUUUGAUUGUCGAGGCUAUUGUCAGAUUCUAUUGAACGUGCGUAUAUGCGAGAAAAAAAAUCUCGCAUGGAUGCACGUAUCUCUUUAUGCCUAAAUGUCGAAAUAAUGCUACAGUCUUUAACUGUGAUGAUAUCACGACCAUAUAAACAAUAUGAUUCUAAUGUUGAGAUGAAACUUUCAUUGAAGAAGAAAAUAGUCGAUAAAAAUAUAUAAAUAUAUCGGCGAAUAAUAGAGUAUUAAAUAACAGCUCCUUGGAGUAAUUUCUUCGGACUGAAUGCGUAUAAUAAUAAAAAUACCUAUAUUAAUAUAUAUAUGUGUAUAUAUAUAUAUAUAUAUGUAUAUAUAUAUAUAUAUACCACUUUGCGAAAAUCGUUCAUCUUUUUCAGAAAAAUUUAUCUCUUGGUCCAAAGUGGGUGAACAAAUCGUGAGCCAAAUAUCACUGUAAAUAGCUUUAAAUCGGAGCCUAGCAUAACGAAAAUCACAAAUACCACGUCGUUGUUUUCAUUAUAAUAUAACGUUAUUUAAAUAUAAGUUGUUAUACUAAUUUAUACGUACAUAUAUGCGUACUUCUGUGUAAGAUUCGUUUGUACGUUACUUAAGUACGUACAACGACACAUAUACGUACGUAUAUGUAUAACAAAAAUGAAAAAGAAAAAAGAAAUGAAAAAGAAAAAAAAAGGAAAAUAUAUAUAUCUAUAAAGACAAAAUAAAAGAGAUUAAUAGUCAAA